AUGGCUCCCAUAAAGCGCGGCGCCGACAGCGACCAUGCUGGACAUAAAAAAACAAAACAUUCCGCCGACGAGCGCGCAGCGAAGCGCCAACGGAAGUCCGAUGUCUCCCCGAACGACUCCAAGACGAAGCCUGCGGAGAAAGCUCUGCCCGUUGCCUCUGUGUUGAAGCAGGAGGAGCAGUCUUUCCCCCGUGGUGGCGCUAGCGUCCUUACGCCUCUGGAACACAAGCAGAUUCAGAACGAAGCCGCCCGCGAUGUCCUGUUCGAGCAGUCAAACAAGAAAGCUGCCAAGGGUGGAGACAGCGACAAUGAUGUGGAUAUGGAGGAUGCCGAGGGACAGAAGGCGACAAAGAAGAAGAGGAAGUCCAAGGCUCGAAAGGGCGAUGCUGCCGAGAAGGAGGAGGCUGGAAUCAAAAUUGAGGGCCUGAGCUACAAGCGUGUAGCACCCGGCUCAAUGAUUCUUGGACAGGUCACGCAAAUUACCUCCCGCGAUAUCGCUCUCGCGCUUCCCAACAACCUGAUUGGAUUCGUUCCUUUGACCGCCGUUUCUGAUCAAUUCACGGAGAGAAUUGAAGCCCUGCUGGAUCAGGACGAGAAAGAGGAUGCAGAUGGUUCUUCGGACAAUGAUGAUGACGUUGAGCUGAAGAAUAUUUUCAAACUCGGCCAGUACUUGCGCGCUGUCGUCACCUCCACCGGCGAAGAUUCUGCCAAGGGCAGCCAGAAGAACAAGAAACGUAUCGAGCUUUCGGUGAAACCCCAAGAUGCGAACAACAGGAUAUCCAAGUCGGACCUCGUGCCGAACGCUAUGGUGCAGGCCUCAGUUGUUAGCGUGGAAGAUCAUGGUUUGGUUAUGGACCUGGGUCUGGCCGAUGGUAGCAUCAAGGGCUUCAUGUCCUCCAAGGAGGUCGGCCAUGGCAUCGAUCACACCAAGAUUGAGAAGGGAACGGUUUUCCUUUGCAUGGUCACUGGUGUGAGCUCUAAUGGAAAGAUCGCGAAGUUGUCGACAGACUUUCAAAAGGUCGGCAACGUCAAGAAGGCCAACCUCCUCACCGAAGCCCCUACUGUAGACAUUUUCGCCCCAGGUACCGCGGUGGAAGUUCUCAUUACGGAGGUCACUGCAAGCGGUUUGGCAGGAACCAUCAUGGGUCUGAUCGAUGCUACGGCUGAUAUCGUACAUGUUGGUGCUGGCUCAACACAGCAAGACCUCACCACCAAGUACAAAAUCGGCGAGAAGGUGAAGGCCAGAAUCAUCUGCACCUUCCCAGGAGAGGAGCAUCGCAAAUUGGGAGUUUCGCUUCUUGACCACGUUCUGUCGCUUUCGGAACGCCAAUCUGCUGAUUCCAAGGCCCCGCUUGCUGCUCUUCCCAUUUCAUCCAUCGUGGAGGAGGCCAAGAUUACCAAAAUCGAGCCGAUUCUGGGAGUGUUCUUAGACGUUGGUGUUAAGAGGGUCCCGGGUUUUGCUCAUAUCUCCAGGCUUUCUGACGACAAGAUCGACACUUUGUCAGAAACUACUGGCGCUUACAAGCUCAACUCGACCCACCGCGCGCGUGUCGUGGGUUAUAACCCUAUCGACGGCCUCUACAUCAUUUCGCUCGAGAAGAAGAUUCUCGAUCAGCCUUUCCUUCGCGUUGAAGAUGUCAAGGUGGGAGAGGUCGUCAAGGGAAAAGUCGAGAAGGUCACGAUCACCUCCAGGGGCUCCGGCGUAGUCAUCGUCAACCUUGCAGAUGGAAUCAGCGGCUUGGUUCCGGAGACCCACAUUGCCGACGUCCACCUUCAACACCCAGAGAAGAAGUUCAGGGAAGGUGUGGCAGUCACCGCAAGGGUACUGUCGACCGACCCUGAAAGACGUCAGAUUCGCCUUACGCUGAAGAAGACUCUUGUCAACUCCGAUGCUCCCGUCUGGGCGGACUAUUCCGACGUGCAGGUCGGUGAACAGGCGCCUGGUACCAUCAUCAAGAUUCUCCCUGCUGGUGCGAUUGUUCAGUUCUACGGCGAACUCAGAGGAUUCCUCCCUGUCUCGGAGAUGAGCGAGGCUUACAUCAAGGAUCCCGCUGAGCAUUUCCGCGUCGGGCAAACCGUCACCGUCAAUGUCCUUUCAAUCAACGCAGAGGAAGACAAGAUGACUCUCUCUUGCAGAGAUCCUGCUUCUCGCACUGUGGCUCAGCAAGAAGGCUACGACUCUUUGUCGGCUGGAAGCAUCGUCAAGGGCGUUGUUUCGGAGAAAUCUGAGAAGAACGUUACGGUGGAGCUCGAAGGGACAACAAUCAAGGGAACUCUCAAAUUGGGCCACCUCACCGACGGUUCCGAGAAGAAGGAGGAAUCCAAGAUGAAGAGGAUCAGGGUCGGACAGACUCUUGAGGAUCUUGUUAUUCUCACCAAGUCCGACAAGAGGCCCGUGGUUGCGCUCUCCAACAAGCCCAGCCUAGUCGCUGCUGCUAAGUCGGGAACUCUGCCCGCACAAUUCGAGGACGUCAAGGAGGGCCAGACAGUCACCGGCUUUGUUCGUAACAUUAACGAGCAGCGUGUCUUCGUUGAAUUCGCCGAUGGCUUGGUUGGUCUGCUACUAAAGUCUCAAAUGAAGGAGGACAUGCAAAAGACGGUUGGAUACGGCCUUCAAAAUGAUUCAUCGGUCACUGGUCGUGUUCUCAAUGUCGAUGAGAGGCAGCGCCGCUUCCUCAUCACGAUGAGGGACCCUCAGUCCUCUGAAAAGACCUCAUCAAAGACUGCGAAGGGUCCAGUGACUGACGAGCCGCUGAUCAACCCUAUCGACGAAAAUUGCAAGACCAUCUCCGAUCUUUCGUUUGGCAAGCUUACGACGGCACGCAUCACUUCCGUCAAAGAGACUCAACUGAAUGUCCAAAUCGCUGACAACAUCUUCGGACGUGUUGAUGCGUCAGAGGCCUUCGACGACUGGGACCAUAUCAAGGACAGUAAGCACCCUCUUCGUCAGUUCAAGGCCAAGCAGAACAUCCCCGUCAGAGUCAUUGGAAUCCACGACGCGAGAAACCACCGCUUCCUCCCGAUCUCGCACCGUAGCAGCAAGGUUCCUGUGUUUGAGUUGACGGCUAAGGCUAUCAAGCUGUCCAAGGAGUCAGAACUUCUCACCCUGGAGAAGCUGGCUAUUGGCUCUUCGCACAUUGCUUUUGUCAACAACAUUGCUCAGAACUUCGUUUGGGUCAACAUCACCCCGAACAUCCGCGGUCGUAUUGAUUUCAUGGAUUUGGCGGAUGAUGUUUCUCUUCUCAACGACGUUUCGGCAAACUUCCCCGUUGGCUCCGCGAUCAAGGUCCGCGUCAAGAAUGUCGAUGUUUCAACAAACCGUCUUGACCUUACCGCGACUUCGGACUCUGCGGUAAAGCCUGCUACAUUCAAGGACCUCACUCCUGGCAUGAUCCUUCCAGGCCGUGUGACAAAGGUAACGGAGCGCAACAUUAUGGUCCAACUCAGCGAAACCGUUUCCGCACCAGUAACCCUCACGGAGUUCACCGACGACUAUGCACAGGCCAACCCCACGAUCUACAGCAAGAAUGAUGUCGUUCGUGUUUGCGUCCUCGAUGUAGAUGCACCAAACAAGAAGGUUCACAUCACAAUGAGACCGUCCAAGAUCCUCAGCUCUUCGCUUCCAGUCAAGGACCCUCAGGUUGCCAACAUCAGGCAGCUUAAGGUCAACGACGUGGUGCGUGGCUUUGUCAAGAAUGUAGCUGAGAAGGGUCUGUUUGUUAGCCUUGGUCCCAGCGUCACCGCCUUCGUCCGGAUUUCUGAUCUCUCGGACUCAUACAUCAAGGACUGGAAGUCAGCAUUCGAGGUUGAUCAGCUCGUCAAGGGCAAGAUCCUCCAGGUCGACCCGCAACUUAACCACGUGCAGAUGUCGCUGAAGGCUAGCGUGCUUGACAAGGACUAUGUCCCACCUCUCACUUUUGAGGACAUGAAGGCCGGCAUGGUCAUCACCGGAAAAGUCCGCAAGGUUGAAGAUUUCGGUGUCUUCAUUGUCGUCGACAACUCAAAGAACGUCAGCGGUCUGUGCCAUCGGAGUGAGAUUGCCGACCAGGCAGUUGAAGAUGUGCGGAAGCUCUACACGGAGGGUGACCUCGUCAAGGCCGUUGUUCUGAAGGUUGACAAGGAGAAGCGCAAAGUCAACUUUGGACUCAAGGCUUCGUACCUCAAGAACAUGUCUUCUGACGAUGAGGAUAGUGAUGAGGAGGGUGGUGUCGAGCUCGAUAUGGAAGACAGUGAUGAGGACGAGGAGAUGGAUGAUGCUGAGAUCGACCUUUCCAACGUCAAGGACAUCGAAAGCGAUUCGGAGGAGGAGGAGGACGAGUCUUCAGACGAUAUGGAUGUUGACUCGGCUCCGUCUAAGCCCGUGGACGGUCUCAGUACGUCUGGCUUCGACUGGACUGGUAACUCCCUUGCGAAGGAGGAGAAGACCCAGGCAGACGACUCUGAUGACGAUGCAACGACGAAGAAGAAAAAGAAGAGCAAGAAGCCGACCAUCAAGGAAGACCGUACCGGCGACCUGGACGUUCACGGCCCGCAGUCCGUUGCCGAUUUCGAACGUCUUCUGCUCGGAGACCCGAACAACAGCACCCUGUGGAUGCAGUACAUGGCCUUCCAGAUCGGGCUCAACGAGGUCCAAAAGGCCCGCGAGAUCGGAGAGCGCGCACUCAAGACCAUCAACAUCCGCGAGCAGGACGAGAAAGCGAACAUCUGGACUGCUCUUCUCAACCUCGAGAUCGAGCAGGGUAAUGACGACGCCGUGGAUGAGACCUUCAAGCGCGCAUGCGAGUACUGCGAUUCGGAAGAGAUGCACAAUAAGCUCAUCACCAUCUACACCAGCACCGGCCGCCACAGCAAAGCCGACGAUCUCUUCCAACGCAUGACCAAGAUCAAAUCCAUCACGCCCAACCCGUCCUUCUGGCUCAACUACGCCACCUUCCUGAUGACGACCCAGGCGCAGCCGGACCGCGCCCGCGCGCUGCUCGCCCGCGCCACGCAGUCGGUGCCGCCGCACCACCACCGCCACCUGACGGCCAAGUUCGGCGCGCUCGAGUUCACGUCGCCGCACGGCGACGCCGAGCGCGGCCGCACCGUCUUCGAGGGCCUGCUCGCCACCUUCCCCAAGCGCUGGGACCUGUGGGACAUGUUCGUCGACCUCGAGCGCAGCAAGGGCGAGAAGCAGAACGUCCGCGCCCUGUACGAGCGCAUGGCCCAGGCCAAGAUGAAGGCGCGCAGGGCUCGCUUCGUGUUCAAGCGCUGGGCCGAGUGGGAGGAGACGAACGGCGACAAGAAGAGCAAGGCGCGUGUCGAGGCGUUGGCGAAGGAGUACGCGGAAAGAUUGAGGGAGGGUAAGGGCGACGAGGAGAGCGAUGAGGAAUAA